CUUUCUUCUUUUGUUUCCCUCAGCAAUGUCUACUAAUAUCAGAGAAAGAAAGGCAUAUUUUCAGCUGGACCAAGGGUCAGCACCCAAUCAAUUAAAUUACAGCACAAACUUUAUGAGUUACAAAGGUGCAUGGCUAUCGACAGUUCUAAUCGUGAUUGCUAUUAAAAUUUCGUACUCGCUCAUUCCCUUCAUUUCGUCAGAGACCAGCUGGACAUUAACGAACUUAACGUUCAACAUUGGACACUUUGUAAUGUUUCAUUGGUUACAAGGAACACCUAUUGAUAACAAUCAAGGAGCAUAUGACGGAUUAACGGUUUGGGAACAAAUUGAUGAUGGAGUACAAUUCACAGCGACCAGAAAAUUUCUCAUGGCCGUGCCUAUAAUAUUAUUUCUGUUGAGUACGCAUUAUACACACUACGAUUUCUUACAAUUCGCCAUCAACUUUUGCUCACUUGUGAUUGUCCUGAUUGCAAAGUUACCAGAAAUGCAUCAAGUUAGAGUAUUUGGUAUCAAUAAGCGUACAGAAGAAGAAUUUUAGAAAAACAUCAUUUAUACCCCCACACUCCUCUUUCCAUCUUGUAACAAACCCCCCUUUCUCUUUUUGCUUUUAUAAAUAAAAUCAAGUAAUAAGAUCACCGUGACUGUCGCCCUGUUUGGCCUCGAAUAAAAAUAAAAAAAAAAAUGUCAAAAUAUAAAAUAUUUACU